CCAAAGUGUUUUGCUUGACGAUCUUUACCAAUAUUAAAGCAUGGCCACCACUAAAGAUGAGGAAAAAAAGUUUCUACUGGUGUUUGGUAGUGAAACAGGCCAAGCCAAAGCCAUUGCAGAGAUCAUCAGAGACAAGGCCCUAGAGAGAGGCCUGCUACCUGACACACUCUGCUUCAGUCAAUAUAACAAGGGGUUCAAGCUGCCUACUGAGCGUGCGCUGGUGGUGGUUGUGAGUACUACGGGAGAUGGGGAUCCCCCCGAGACUGUGAGGAAGGCGUGGCGUCGUCUCAAGGGGAAGUCCCUCUCGUCCGAUCAUCUCAAGCACCUCCACUUUGCUCUACUAGGUUUAGGGGAUACUAACUAUGAUAACUUUUGUAACAUGGGCAAAAUGCUGAGUCAGCGAUUAUUGGAGCUCGGAGCGACUGCAUUUCAUCCUCCCGGAUUUGCCGACGAUGCAGUAGGACUAGAGGAUGUGGUAGAGCCAUGGAUAGAGGGAUUGUGGAGUCCACUCGUGCGCCUACUAUCAGGAGAGGAGGACAGUAACCAUGACAGCAACGCUAUCUCCAUGACAACUGAGCCAAGUGAAGAAGCUGUGGAUACAAUAGUUGAAAAGGAAACUACUUUGUUAACAUCAUCCCCCACUCGUAGUAGCCAUGGCAACACUCAGACAACUGAUGUACUAGUGAAGGAUGUCAUUGCGUCAUUAUCAGAUGACCUUCAGAGGUGUACUUUGAACCCUGUGACCCCACUCUCCCUCCCCACACCACCCCCCUCAUAUCUCACAGUGACUCUAGGGGAGACAACAGACAACACGUUCCCGUUCAAUAAGAUACCUUAUCGAUUAGGCUCUCGGGUAUCCAUGGCAACUAUUACAAGCUCAAAACAACUGACAAACGAAGGAGCUGUCAAAAAAACGCUAGAAAUGUCUUUUAGAAUAAUAGCAGAUGACAUGCACUACGAGCCUGGUGAUGCUGUGGGGUUUGUGUGCCCCUCCCCCUUUUCUGAGGUCCAGUGGUUGCUACGGAGACUUGAUCUAACCUCACACGCACAACAGCAGAUCAUGAUAUCCAUCCGUGAGAAUACAACCAAGAAAAAGGCCACGCCCCCUUCCCACGUCCCCACCCCCUGCACAGUGGAGCAGCUAUUCAGCCACUGUCUUAACAUCAGAGCAGUCCCUAAGAAAGCUUUUCUGUGUCUACUAGCAAAGCACUGUCGAGAUGGAGGUGAGCAACGACGACUAGAGGAGCUCGCCAGCCGACAGUGUGGGGCACAAUACACACGAUUGUUCACAGAGCUGCGUACUGAUCUCCUGGAUCUACUCAACUCCUUUCCUUCUUGUCGACCUCCACUGGACAUAUUGAUUGAGAAUUUGCCGCGAUUGCAACCACGCUACUACUCAGUCACCAGCUCUCCCCUGACAGACCCGCACAGUUUGACAGUAGCUUUCAAUGUGGAGCACCUCCCUCCGCGCUCAUGGGGCGUGGCCAAUAGGUGUGGUCUCGCUACAGGGUGGCUGGAGCUGGCAGCCAAUCAGAUUACAGUAUCCCCUGUACAGAUUCCAGUAUUUCCAAGAUCUCAGAAUCCAUUCCGACUGCCCCGCAACCCUAUGACCCCCAUCAUCAUGAUAGGACCCGGCACGGGGGUAGCUCCCUUCAUUGGCUUCCUACGGCAUAUGGCACAACAGAGAGUGGGUGGGGCCACUCAGAGGAGGGCGUGGCUAUUCUUCGGCUGUAGACACCCUCACCUUGACUACUUAUACCAGAAAGAGCUUGUCCAGUUUCAAUCUAGUGGAGUGCUUACUAAACUAACGGUGACCUUCUCGAGGCCGGUUGGUGAAGUAGGUGUGGCUAGUGAAGUGGGCGGGACUGGUUACGUACAGGACAGAGUUCGUGUUGAGUGGCGUGAGGUGGGGGAGUGGAUCGUGGAACACCAAGCCACUGUCUACAUGUGUGGUGAUGCAGUGACUAUGCUGAGGGACACACAACUCGCUCUGCAGGAGGUCAUUGCACGCUAUCUGGCAUCAGGUUCAUCCGUUUCUGCUGAGUCGGCAGACAAGGUGGUUGCUAGGAUACGAGAGGAGGGGCGGCUGCUAGUGGACCUGUGGACUUGAACACAGUGCGUCAUGUUUUUAUCAUCCAAACUGUUUAAUUAAUUAUCUUUACUUUCUUAAUUAUUUAUUGUGGCCCGUCAGUUUGUGCACUGGCUUUACUGUUGAUGUUUGCUACAUUAUUUAUUGCAUGCAUUUGGUUGGUUGGUUUCUGCAAUUGCGAUACUAAUACUGUAACUGUAAAACUAGAGCUAAUCAUUUCAUUAACCUAUUAUAUAUUUAAAGCCAAUCUUUGUGGAGACAUUACUUCAUUGCUGGCUACAGUGUUGAAGCUUGUGCUUAUAGAGUAUUAGUGUCUGUGUGUAUGUGUGUAGCCUGUGAGGGUAGCACCUUGUGUGUGUAUGUGUGUAGCCUGUGAGAGUAGCACCUUGUGUGUGUGUGUGUGUGUGUGUGUGUGUGUGUGUGUGUGUGUGUGUGUGUAUGUGUGUGUGUGUGUAGCCUGUGAGGGUAGCACCUUGUGUGUGCAUGUGUGUAGCCUGUGAGAGUAGCACCUUGUGGUGUGUGUGUGUGUGUGUGUAGCCUGUGAGGGUAGCACCUUGUGUGUGUGUGUGUGUGUGUGUAGCCUGUGAGGGUAGCACCUUGUGUGUGCAUGUGUGUAGCCUGUGAGGGUAGCACCUUGUGUGUGUGUGUGUGUGUGUGUAGCCUGUGAGGGUAGCACCUUGUGUGUGUGUGUGUAGCCUGUGAGGGUAGCACCUUGCGUGUGCAUGUGUGUAGACUGUGAGGGUAGCACCUUGUGUGCAUGUGUGUAGCCUGUGAGGGUAGCACCUUGUGUGUGUAGCCUGUGAGGGUAGCACCUUGCGUGUGGUGGCAUACCCCUAAAUCACUGUAGUGAGCAUUGAAAGGCUAACUUCCAUCCAUUUACAGAAAUGUAGUGUGUACUGUGUCCAGUUCCUUCCACUAUUAUAGAAUCUCUUGAAGCUGGCUAGUCAACAUGUGGGUCUUUAAUCCUAGCUCUUAAUGCAUGGGACAAGUGUGUUUCUUUCAUUUGUCAGUAUCUCAGACUCUAGCCAUGAAGUUGUUGGUAGCUCUAGUCCUCCUGGUAGUUGCAUGCAGCCUAACAACGGCCUACCAAGUCGACCGUAGUUCACUCAAGCAUCUACUCGAGAGGCUGCUUACUAAACAGCUGCUCACUAAACAGCUGCUACGUGCGAGAAAUGAGCAAGAAGACACUGGCUUCACACCCAUCACUACCUUCCCUCCCUUUACCUUCCCUCCAUUUGAUCAUGGUACGACGUUUAACCCCCCUACACCCGCUAGUACGACGUUUAACCCCCCUACCACUGAUAGUACGACUUUUAACCCCCCUACCACUGAUAGUACGACUUUUAACCCCCCUACCACUGCUACCUCGACUACCAGUCCACCUCCAACCAGUCCACCUCCAAAACGAAAGACGUGCUUCAAGCAUCUCAUCAUAAAGUUCCUGUUAAAGAAGAUUAUGAAGAAAACUAUUAAGCCACGGCGAUGCUUCCUCUGUCGUAUUCUGAAACGCUUCCCCCGCCCCCACAGGUUCUCCCGUGUCCCCAAAUGGUGAUGGAUCGAUGGUUGGGGCACAAGAACAUUGAACGUAGUAUAUCCGUAGUGGCUAUAAUGACAUAGACUAGUGUAUUGUGUGUUCAUAGUGACUAUAAUGGCAUAGACUAGUGUAUUGUGUGUUCAUGAUGACUAGACAUAGACUAGUGUAUUGUGUAUUCAUGAUGACUAGACAUAGACUAGUAUUGUGUGUUCAUGAUGUUUUGUAGCUCGA